AUGUCACAAACCAAAAGAUCAAAUAAUAAUGAUAUAACAUAUACUCAAUUAACUGACCAAAAUACAUUAAAUCAAGAUAUUGUUAUGACUGCUAUGCGUAUUAGAAAAAGUAUUGCUGAUGGUUAUAAAACAUCAUUUAAUAGAUCUCCAUUACCACAACAUUUAAAUCAACCACCUGCUUUAACAAAUGAAGGUAGUACAAGAUCAUCAUCUAAUUUAGAAGAAUGGGAUUCUUAUUAUAAAAUACAAAAUGCUCCAUUUCAAGUUUUACCUGAAAUUAAUCCAAUGAAAAGAAAAAGAGAGGAUGAAGUUGCAAAUUUUGAAAAUAAAUAUGGUGAAUUAAAGUUUAAUGAAGAAUUUUAG